UGUGAACAAAAUCUGAAAUCCGACCAUGAUGGUUUGGAUUUUGGGGUUUUGAUCAUCUCUUAUUGAUUUGGUUUUCGGAUUAGGGUUUGUGUUUUGCGGAUGAAUUGGGGGAAAUUUGAAGAAAGAGGUUGAAUAAAGCUUGGGAAUCUGGCCUUGGUAUUGCGGGACUUAGAUCUUGAGGACUUAAUUUCCUUUCUUAAGACAUGGAGCAAGUGUGCUUCUGGUCAACUUGCCACCAGUUUCGAGUUUUUUCAUUCCAGGAAGUGCUCGACUGGCGGUUUCUCACCCUUGGAGAUUUCCUUCUUGUUUCUUUUGUCAAUUGCACUUAGUGCCCAGCUUUACUUAGAUGAUCAGCACGACAGGCCUAAUGCGAUUUUUUUCUGAGAUAGAUGUUGGAUCUUUAGUGCAGUUCUCCAAUGCAUUGUUGAUACAACAUCCAUUCAGAAUUUCUUGAGUUUCUGAGGGCCAAAUUCUGCAAGUAAACGAAUGAGAAGUUGCUUACUCAGUUGAUAAUUAGAUAAUCUGUUGCAUUGGAUCUGCAAAGACUUAGUAGUUCUUAGUUAUUCCUUCAUCAUUGCUGCUGAAGGCUUACAUUUAGAGGGUGAGACACAAAUUGAACGGAAGAUUCUGCAACAAGUUUGAAGUAGUAUAAAUGUGAUAAUUCUUCUUAGUUCUUUGGUAGUGUUGGGCGACUGUAUCUUGAACCGGAGAUUCCUUCUUUGACCUAGAAGAGUCUUUCUGCGCUGAUCUGUCUCUGAGUUGCUCACAGGAUGUUCUGCACUCGAUCUUUACUGCAAUCUAUGCAUUGUUAUUGUCGUCCAACAGUGGGUUUAAUAUGUUUUCUGAAUAAGGCUCUGAAGCUUGUCCAUCAAAAAAGUAUUGGUGUCACUCUCUUGCACAUUGUCCUCGAAAAUUAAUGGUGGAUUCAGCCGGACCAGCCAGGAAAUUUGUUUAUUUUCUGUAGGGGUUUUCUACGAGUUAUCAACUGAAGGCAUAUGACGUACAUUCAUCUAUGUGUUCUUCAUUCUUUUCUUAAAUAAGUCAAAAGAGCCGCAAUCCGUUGAAAUCUGUGCCUUGUGCUACAAGAAGAAUGGAUAAGUAUACGAUAAUCAAGGAAGUUGGUGAUGGGACUUUUGGAAGUGUUUGGCGAGCAAUAAAUAAGCAGACUGGUGAAGUUGUUGCUAUAAAAAAGAUGAAGAGGAAAUAUUAUUCCUGGGAAGAAUGUUUAAAUCUGAGAGAAGUCAAGUCAUUGAGAAAGAUGAACCACCCAAACAUUGUGAAGCUCAAGGAAGUCUUUAGGGAAAAUGAUAUUUUGUACUUUGUGUUUGAAUACAUGGAAUGCAACCUUUACCAACUAAUGAAAGAUCGGUUGAAGCUUUUUUCGGAAACUGAAGUUCGAAAUUGGUGCUUUCAAGUGUUCCAAGGUCUUGCUUACAUGCACAGGCGUGGAUAUUUUCAUCGCGACCUCAAGCCAGAGAACUUGUUGGUUACAAAAGAUGUAAUAAAAAUUGCUGAUUUUGGUCUUGCUCGGGAGAUCAAUUCUGAACCACCAUACACGGAAUAUGUCUCUACACGCUGGUAUCGAGCUCCAGAGGUUCUGCUUCAAUCAUCCACAUAUGGUUCUGCAGUUGAUAUGUGGGCAAUGGGUGCUAUCAUGGCUGAAUUGUUUACUCUCCGUCCUCUCUUUCCAGGAUCGAGUGAAGCAGAUGAAAUUUACAAAAUAUGCAGUGUUAUGGGCAGUCCAACUUGGAAUUCAUGGGCCGAGGGACUUAAACUUGCUAAUGCUAUCAACUACCAAUUCCCACAGUUUUCUAGUAUUCAUCUCUCUGUAUUGAUACCAUCUGCAAGUGAGGAUGCAAUCAGCCUUAUUACUUCACUUUGUUCAUGGGAUCCCUGCAAGAGGCCAACAGCCUUGGAGGCUCUUCAGCAUCCUUUCUUCCAGAGUUGCUUUUAUGUCCCACCAUCCCUUCGUCCUCGAACUGCUGUGACUAGGACACCCCCAUCUGGUGAAACAAAGGGAGCUUUGGAGCAGAAAUCUGCUAGGAGGUAUUCUAGGGCAACAUCUAAUUCCAAGCCCACAAGCAAUUAUUCUUCUGGAAAACCACAUGCUGCUUUUGUCACAGGUGUUCAACGCAAGCUGGAAAUGAAUAAUCAGGAUGUUUAUAAGAAUGAUAAAUCCUUGAAGAGCUCUCCUAAGCAGGCAAGAUAUCGACCACCAGCAAGGAACAGCCCAACUUCCAUUUAUGCGGAUAGGACUAAGCGUGAAGUUUCAGAUGCAGCUGAGAAGCUGGCAAACAUGACGGUUGGUUCUGGUAGGAAUGGAAUGAGGCAAUCUCUGCCAGCUCCUAUGAAGGCUGGAGGAUGGCAUGGCCAAUCUGACUCUUUUCUUGGCCGGUCCCAAGAGCUUCGACCAGGCAGAGCUGCCUAUACGAGGAAAGUUGCUGGAUAAGGAGAGGGGAGGGGGGGAAGUGAAGGGCCUCCUCUGAAUGGGGCCUAAUAGUGGGUUCAGCUUGGUGAUUGUGGGGGGUGCUCAUGGGAAUGCUCUGGUUCAAGCUUUCUAAAAGCUGAGACCCUAGGUACUUUGUCCUAUCGAUUCGGUGUGUUUGAUGCGGGGUUGACUACAAUUAUAAGUAUGCCUAGUUUAUGCAUAAAAAAGUUUGCGGGUUGCGCUUUGGAUAUUAUGGAUGAUAUAAUGCAGUGCUUGUACUACUACUGGCCUGGUGUGUAUGGUGGGUGGUGAUGCCCCCAAUAUAUAAUAUAUAUAUAUAUAUAUAUAUAUAUAAUAGUGCUUGAUAAAGGUGGAUUUGGAGUUGGAAUUAAGUUGGUUCUCCUGACUGGACUGAUGUAAUAAGAUGAUACACCUUACUUAUUACACCUUUAUUCAGUUAUUAAUACACUAUUGGUUUUAUGCAUCUU